AUGUACAACUCGAAGUCCUUGUCAAGUACAACAACAAAAAUGACGGAAGAGGGUGGACAUUUGCCGUCAAGUCUUAAUAAGAGACAUUCCGGAGCUACAUCUAAUGAUGAAGGGGAAUCCAAGGUAGAGAGAGUUGUUCCUAAGGUGCCAUCGAGACCUGCCCCACCCCCACACAGACCUGCCCCUCCUCCCAUUAGUCGACCAAAACAGGAACCAAUCAUACCUAGUAGCAAUGCUGGUGCCGCAAAGCCUCCAGGAAAAAGACGACUUGAGAUUACUGUGUUAGAUGCAAGACCAAUGAGUGAGGUUGGAUUUAGAAGUACCCCUGCCAAGCCCCCUAAAUCUCCUGAAUCUCCUGUAGGGUCUCGUGAACCUGUUAUAGCACCCACUCCAGCAAGUAGACCUGUACCCUCAGCAAGACCAACACCUGCUCCUAGACCACAACCAGCCAAAAGACCAGCUACAAACAAGAAACCAGCGAUUCCAGACCAACCACCUCCUCCUUACGUCCAAGCCAUGCUGACCUCCAUACCAACAAACAAACCAAAUCUUGCCCCAGUACGCCCUGUACCACCUAGGCUCGAUCAGUCAAGUAAUACAAGCCCUAAUUCACAGGGUUUAGAGGGCGCUAGUGGACCUUUGGUUGAUGCACGAGCAAAUGUGUCGGAAAAACCAAAACCACUUCCAAAAAGGCCAAUGAGUGUGUUUGGGGAUCUCAGUCAGGCUAAGCCAAUCUCUCGACCUCCUGUUCCAGCCCAUAGACCGAAAAGUAUGGUAAUAAGAUCAAAUGUUGAUUUAGUUGACUUAUCUGACCCAGAACCUCCCAUUCCAAGACUAAGGACUACCUCUUUAGAUAAAUCGGAACCAUUUAUAGAAGAUCAGCCUAAAACAUCUCGACCUUUUAGACCAACAAUAAUCAGGCCAUUAAAACCUGGUAAACAAACAGAGCCCAAGGGAGAGGAUGAUGUUAAAAGGCAAGAUGAUCCGUCAGGACAUGAUACAGAGAGUUUAAAAAAUGAAACCAAAGAUUCUGACUUUGAAAAACAUGCUGAUAAGCCUGCUAUUUUAAAACCUAAGCCAGCUAUAUCUGCAAAACCUUCAAUAUCAAGCCCUCCACCUGUCAGCCCAAAACCCAAGAGUUUAAGUCCUCCUUUGGUAAGUCCCAAGCCACAAAGUCCUGUUUCUACAUCUGCACAUGAUGAUAUUGACUCUGAAUUUUUCACUCCUCCACAAAGUCCGAGUUCAAGUCCACGACAAUCUCAAAGUCCUGAACAAAGUCCCAAAACAUUAACUAAUGUAAAAGAUCUUACCCCUUCUCCAAAAUCAGAGACGGACAAGGACAAAACUGAGAUUAAUGAAAAGCCAGAGAUUGCGAAAGAUGAGAUUAAAAAUUCUUUUGUUGCAAAGUUAAAACCGACUGUUGUAGCUCCACCAAUUGGAUCAAAAGAGUGGCUUGAAUCAGGUGGAGUUUCUAAGAAUGAUGCUAUUCCUGAUAUGCCAAAUGGUAAUGAAGAUACGAUGAGUGUCAAAAAUAAAGUUGAGGCUUUUCAAAGUAAUCUCCCUCACUUAGAUGAACAAGUAAGCUCUCUCGAUCAACUUGCUAAAACAUAUGAACCACCAAAACUGAAAAGACCCACCAUUAUUCGCCCAAAAGCUAAAGCACGAUCACGAUCCCCUAGUCCAAAAAGAACAGAAAUUGACUCUAAACCAGAGAAAAAUGAAGCUGCUGUUAUUGAAACUGAAAACAUUGAAAAGAAAACUGAACCCCCUCCAAAACCAUCCAGGCUAAAUGCUGGUCCUCCACCAAGGCCUAAAGCUAGACCCAAAUCAAUGAUUGUAUUAUCAGAGAAGAAUAAAAAUGCAAAUAAUGACAAUUAUGAAGAGCCAGUUACAGGUGUACUUGUUGAUAUUGCAUUAAGUUCAGAUGGGGAGUCUAAACAAGAGAAUCUGAAACCUUCUGUAACAGAGGUUAGUGUGGAUGAUGCAGGCAAUGAGAAAGCUUCUCCUGAAAAAGAAGCACCUGGGUCUCCUGGGAAGAAAGUACCUCCAGCAAGGCCAGGAGGACCUCCACCCAAACCUCCAAGCCCUCUCAAUGCCAAGCCUAAACAGUUCAAGUUGCAACGUUCACUCUCUGAAAAGUCAAGUGGGCCUAUGAAAGCAAAAGGCCCACCAGCACUGCCAGAGAGACCUGGUCCAGAGCACCCUCUUUUCCAUUAUGUUGCCACGGGGCCAAGGGGGGUUGCGCUGUUUGAUUAUGAAGCACAGCAAUCAGAUGAAAUAUCAUUCCAGGUUGGAGAUGUAGUGCUUCUCAUACGUAAAAUUGAUCCUUUCUGGUAUUAUGGGAAGGUGAAAAACAAAGAAGGUCUUUUCCCAACAAACUUCGUCGAGGUUGUUGAGCAACUCCCAAAAGAAGAAAAGGAGGAUACAGAAGCUGUCAAAAUACAAGCAGAAAAAACGACAACGCCAACCGCAUCUGAUCAAAUAUCAGGACCACGCUGCAUGGCAAGAUUUGACUUUGAAGGUGAAAACGACAGUGAUUUAUCAUUCAUGGAAAAUGACGUCAUUAAGUUAAUGGAACGUUCAGGUGAUGAAUGGUUGAAGGGAGAACUAAAUGGCAAGACGGGACUAUUUCCAGUGACUUUUGUUGAAAUUAUUGAAGAUUUGCCAACAAAUGAGGGUGCUAAUCCAGAUCAACAAGAAUCUGCAGCAAUUCAUGCUUUGGAUCAGGCUUUGACUGCUUGGGACGAUGAUCCCCCUGUUGUUGGUGACAAAGGUGGGGACCAAUCUAUUGCAAAUAUGAAAGCAAGUGAAAAGAAUAAUGAUCUUUUUAAGAAGGAUGGCCACAUUGUGAUGAAGACCUUAUUUGACUUUGAUGGAGAAAAUGGGGAAUUAACAUUCAAGGCUGGGGACGAAAUAUCUGUGAUAAACCAGGUCAAUUCUGAUUGGUUAACUGGUAAGAUAGGUGGCACAACUGGUAUCUUCCCAGCAUCCUUCAUUGGUGACAUUCCAGAAAACCUACCAUCAUGUGAUAACAAUACAGCCCCACCUUUUGAAGAGGAUGUAAACAAAAAGGAGGUGCAAUAUUACGCAAUAGCAACAUUUCCAUUUGAAGCACAAUCCGAUUCUGAUCUAAGCUUCAACACUGGUGAUAGGAUCGCAGUGAAUGAACAAAUUGAUGAUGAUUGGUUAUCAGGAACAAUUGGAUCUCGAAGUGGUGUUUUUCCAAAAAACUUUGUUGAGAUCGAGAAAACUUCACCACAAGAGACUUCACCAUCGAGUGGUCUCAUAAGGACCUCUUCUAAUAGUCGAAUUAAGACCCCUGAGAGACCGAUAGUGACUCCUCAAGGACGCGUGGUUUAUGAUUUCACAGCAGAAGCAGAAGGAGAACUUUCAAUGUCAGUUGGCCAGACUGUGUAUUUGUUGGAACAUGUUAAUGCAGAAUGGAUGAAAGGAACAAUUGACAAUGACACUGGUAAUUUCCCAGUGAAUUAUAUAGAAAUUAUUACGCCUCUGCCAGAGUCUCCAAAGCCAGAUGAAUAUAAAAUAUGAUGCCUGUUCAACAUCAUUUAUAGUGAAAUAUACAGAUAUUUUAUUCUGUUCCAUGUCUGCAUCUUUCACAAGUAAUAUUUCCUGAUACAGUAGUGUGCAAGGGAACAUUCCCUGAUGAGUGUAUGGGGAAUAUUCCCUGAUGCCAGGAGUGUGAGUGGAAUAUU